AUGUACUCCUUCGAAGCUUCCAAAUUCUUGGCUGCCGAAUUGCUUAUUGUCGGAGCCAUUACAUCUAGUGUUUCAGCGCAAAAUUCCAGCACUUGUGCAGGUGUGAGUGAUGCAUGCACUUCACUCUCUGCACAUUUUGGUGACCAAAUACUCUUCCCGACAUCGGCAAACUACAGUGCUGAGAAUCUGAACUAUUGGGACGUCCGAAGUUCUGAUCUUGCCUCAACCUGCAUGUUCCUACCGACAACGGCCGAUCAGGUUGCAACUGCAGUCGCGCUCUUCAAUCAAUGCGGCGCAGAGUUCUCAGUCCGAGGUGGUGGACACAUGAAUUUCCCUGGCUCCAACAACAUCGAUGAUGGCAUCCUCCUAGCCUUUGAUCAGAUGACCAGCAUCACUGUGAAUACAGAAGCCAGUACCGUGGAUGUUUCACCUGGAAAUCGGUGGGUCGACGUGUAUCAGGCUCUCAAUGCUACUGGAGCUUAUGCCAUUGGUGGUCGUCUCAAAACAAUCGGAGUUGCAGGACUUGCACUUAUUGGAGGACAUCAUUACUGGAACAACAAGUAUGGCUUUGCAAUGGACAAUGUUGUCAAUUACGAAGUCGUCCUCGGGAACGGAACUCAAGUCAGCGCCAAUAACGCUACAAAUCAUGAUCUCUUCUGGGCUCUCAAAGGAGGAGCAAACAACUUUGGCAUCGUCACCAAGUUUACCAUGAAGACGCACCAAGUUCCUCUAAUAAGUACAACGGCUUUGACCUACUCCGAAGAACAAUUCGGAGGUGACAUAGGCGCGGGUUUCUUCAAUACCAUCAGCCUGAACAUAACCACUGGCGUCGUUUCUGCGAGAAUAGCUGGGACCCAAGAAGGAACCGAAUCUCCGCCUUCUCGGUUCGCGAACUUCACAGCCAUUGGGCCUGUUUCUUCUUCGACGAAUGUUAUGCCGCCGGUAACCUGGCAUGGCGCUUUGAAAACUUCUGAUCAAUUCGCUCGUGUGCAGUUCCAAUCCAAAACAAUGACACCGGAUGCUGCUCGCCUCAUUGAGAUCUACCAAGCUUGGAAAGCCUCUGUAACACAGGCUGCCGACGUUGAAGGACUUCAGCCGACUUUCGUUCUGAACGUGAUUUCGGCUAGCGGAGCCAAAGUCGGAAACAAUAAUGGCGUAGGUAAUGUCUGGGGUCUGGAGGAGAAGAACUUGAUCAUUUGGCAACUUUCCAACGGAUGGGUCAACCAAGCAGAUGAUCUUCGCGUGACGAAUUGGGCCAAAAACUUCGUGGACUACCACCAUAGCAUCAACCAGGCGUCAAGUCUCGCAUCCGAAUUCCUAUACAUGGGCGACAUUGGCGAAAAUCAGAAUCCUUUCCUUGGUAUGCCGCUUGCCAACGUCCAGCGCAUGAGAGAAGUGCGUUCUGCAUAUGAUCCUGCUGGUGUCUUCAGUAACUUGAAUUGGGGAGGAUUCAAGCUUGGCCAUUGA